AUGGGCGAGGUGAAGAGUUACUUACGAAAAUGGAGACGCUCUUCCAUUCUUAAAAGAAGCAGUUUGAAGGAUAAACGGAAAGAAAAUUGGGAACAACGUAUAGAGAAGUCCUUGAGCGAAUGCGAUGACAUUAAAAACUUAUUGGCUGGUCGUCCAACGACACCUGAUAUUGCAAGAACGAAUAAUAGUACAUUCCUUUCCAAGCGCUCUAGGGCUUUUGUUACAGAACCGUUAUCGAACCAAGAAUUGGAUAAAAUCAAAUAUAUGAAUUUUGCAAUGGAGAGAGAUUAUAGAGCAGGUACUAGGCCAGUGAUACCGAGAAUGGAUUCAACCAACAGACGAAAAUUGAGCGUAAAUCUCACCCCGACAUCGAUUUCAGCAGAUGACUCCGAGAAUAAUGCGAUAGUGAAAGACUUUUCUGAGUUCAUUGAAAUUUCUUUCAAUAGUUUGAGCAUUUCCGAUGAAUACACACCCCAACCAAGCUUUUCCAAAGAGUCCGAGGAACCUAGAACCGCCAGUUCUAAGAGUCUAGAAAGUCUAUGGAGUAAAAAUGUGAAAUAG